UUCUCAAGUCUCGAAAUCACGAUUUCGAACUUCGCUCUUCUAGCUACAUUACUGCGAAGCCUGUUGAAAACCGUGGGAGUCCGGUUUGACGUCAGUGUGUUGAGCGUCUGUCAGCUGAAGAGGUAGCGAUAUCUUGCCGAGCGUCGUCGAUAUGAACAAACUCACGGCGGAGCUAGUUGCCCGCGCAUGUCGCUGUGAAUUCUUUCUCGAAGCAAGUGUAGAAAGCACAUUGCAGAGUUUGCGGAGUCAUGGACAUGGACAAGUGUUACGUCGAGAUCCUGCGGCUCGUGAAACAGGCUGGCUCGAUCAUCAAGUACAGAAUUUCGCAAUGCAAAGAUGUGCAAACAAAAUCGUGCGACAUUGAUUUAGUCACAGAAUGGGAUCAAGAAAUCGAGAGAAUUCUAAUGGAUGGAAUAUCGUCGAAAUAUCCUGACCAUAAAUUCAUUGGCGAAGAGUCCACUGCUUCAGGCCAGAAGGUGCAAUUAACGGACGCGCCAACAUGGGUAAUCGAUCCGAUCGACGGUACGAUGAAUUUUGUUCACGGUUUGCCGCACACGUGCAUAUCAAUUGCCUUGCUAGUUAACAAAACGACGGAGAUCGGAAUAGUGUACAAUCCGAUCCUGGAGCAGCUUUUUACCGCUCGCAAAGGUCAAGGCGCAUUUUACAACGGCGCUCCGAUUCACGUAUCCGGCGAAAAAGAUCUGCGUAAGGCAUUGCUCAUGUUAGAAAUGGGAACGAGCAGGGAUCCCGAUAAACUACAAGUAGUCUUGCAAAAUCUAACACUUCUCACAUCACGCGUUCAUGGAAUACGAACACUCGGAUCAUGUGCGUUGAACAUGUGCAUGGUGGCACUCGGUGGUGCUGAUGCUUGUUUUGAAUUCGGUAUACACGCAUGGGAUAUUGCAGCUGGUGAUCUCAUCGUUCGGGAAGCCGGCGGUGUAACGAUAGAUCCAGCUGGAGGUUCGUUCGACGUGUUGAGCAGAAGAGUAUUGUGCGCGUCGUCGAUGGAAUUAGCUCAGGAAUUUGUCAAAGUAAUAAUUCAGUAUUAUCCAGAGCGUGAUUAAAUAGUUCAAAAGAGUUUUACAAAAAUACAAAAUAUAAAUGUUAUCUAGAAACAAAUGAUAUAAUUUAAAAUCAAUAUGAU